AUGUUGAGCACGGGACUGUGCAUCCGAAAGAUGCGCGUCGGUACCAUGAACCCUUGGCAUCUCACCACCAAGAGAAGAAUCUGCCUCGACAUGCUCAUGUCACCACCCACCAACUACAGGUCCGAGUACCACAGCACCACCAUCGACGCGGUUCACCACCACACAAACCCCAAUUUCUCCAACUCGCUUGUCGUCCCUUGCGUCUUGCCUCUUGCCCUCUUGAGUGCGGCUCCGACUAAUCGCCACGAUUAUUCCUCUCUUCGCUGA